AUGUGUAUAUGUUCUUUUGAUAUACGAUUUACAUAUGUUUAUGCGGGUUGGAAGGACAGCGCUAAUGAUUGUCAUAUAUUUGAACAUGCAAGGAGAGAUCCCGCAUUAAAGUUUUCACACCCACCUGAAGACUCUGGGUAUGCAAGUCAAGUUGGGUACUUGAUCCCAUUUCGAGGUGAGAGGUACCAUAUUCCAGACUACCAGGGAGCAGGGAGAAACCCAAAGACUGCUAAAGAGUUUUUCAACUACAGACAUUCUUCAUUUAGGAAUGUAAUUGAGCGUACAUUUGGGGUUUUGAAAAAUAGAUUUAAAAUAUUAAGACAUAUGUCAAGUUUUGAUAUCAGAUUCCAACCAUAUAUUGUGAUUGCCUGUUGUGGAUUGCAUAAUUAUAUUCGUGACAAACAAACGGCGGAUAAAGCAUCUGCUGAAUUAAGUGAUGACGACAAAGUAGUCAUAGAUGAACUAAAUUCUGUACACGAGCCCUAUGAAACAUCUAUGUCUACUCUGAAUCAGAGAGACAGUGCAAGAAUGAUGAAUGACUUGCGAAAAAAUAUUGCAAAUGAAUUGGCUAGUAGUAGGAUGGCAGAAAUCUGA